ACUGACCAAUAAACGCUCUCGGUCGCGACACGGCAUCGCGCCGCGACACGCGUCACCGCGCCGCGACGCGCGGGACCAUGGCGGCGCUGUGGAGGGGCUGCGGGCGGCUGCUGGCGCGGCGGCCCGGGGCGGCGCAGGCGCUCACAGCCGGGGCCCUCAUGGGAGCUGGGGAUGUGAUUGCACAGCAGCUGGUGGAGCAGCGGGGGCUGCACGGGCACCACUGCCCCCGCACCCUGAAAAUGAUGGCCAUUGGCCUCUGCUUUGUGGGCCCUGUUGUGGGCAGCUGGUACAGGAUCCUGGACUGGCUCAUCCCAGGGAAUACAAAAGUUGUGGCUGUGAAGAAGGUGAUCCUGGACCAGGGGGGUUUCGCUCCGUGCUUCCUUGGCUGCUUCCUGGCUGUCACAGGGGCCACGAACGGGCUGUCGGUGCAGGAGAACUGGUCCAAGAUCCAGCAGGACUACAUGGAUGCCCUGAUGACCAAUUACUGUGCUGGUUGUUGUCCAGUGUGUUGCCAUCGUUUGGAACUGCUACCUGUCCUGGAAAGCGAAUCGGAUGUGAGGCACGAGCCGUGUCCCGUGCCUGUGCCCAGCCUGUGCGCUCCUGACCCCACCACAGCUCAGAGCCCUGGCCGUGGGCACGCGUGGCCGCGGGCAGACUGGGACACACAGGGUCCUGCAGCAGCCAUCCCGCUCUUUUCUCAGGGGAACACCAUCCCCUAUGGCCACAGCCCCCACUGCCCCAGGGAGAAGAUGGUGCCAGGACAGGCCUGGAUCUGCUCUAGCCAUGCUGUGCAGCAACUCUGCCCACGAUGCUCUCUGUCUGUGCUCAGCCAUUUCCGAGCCCUGCACACAGGGUGCUCCUGCCCUGAGCAUCACUCUGACCUUCCCCAUGGCACAUCCCAAGGGAAAAGAGGAGUGGAAAUGGAGCAGGGCUGGCCCUGGGCUGGCUGUGCCAUGGGCACAGAGCUGGGGUCACUGCAGGCUGGGGAUGCUCUCCCCGAAAACAGGGUUUGCUGUGGCUCUGCUGUGGACAGUCAAAGCAUCAAUAAACAGUGGUCUUCACUUUUGAUUCCCAUGGCCCUGGGGCUUGUGGCCCAGCAUGCCCCCAGGCUCUCAAGAUGCUGUUCCAGAGCAACCAUUCUGUUAUGGAUCAACAGGUCCACUCUGCCUCAUCUCAAGGCACUGAGCAUGGGGCUAGGGACUGCAGGCUGGGGUGGUCUGCCCCACUGGCUAGAGAAGGGACUCUGACAGAGGGUGGAUGGUGGUUUAGGGGGUCAUCAGGUCCUACUGAAGCUGUUCCAUGGG